CUAUAUGCAAGGAGUGUGUCGGGAGGGAAACAAGUGUCUGUUCUCGCACGAUUUAUCUACGAGCAAAUCCUCUACCAUCUGCAAGUAUUACCAGAAGGGACAGUGUGCCUAUGGAGCUCGGUGCAGGUAUGAUCACACCAGACUUCCUGCGUCAGGGGGUGCAGCGGCCCCUGCGCCACCUCCCCUGUCAUCGGCAGCGCUGCACAACCCUCGCCAUCCUGCUGAGCACAGCGCGCCGAUAAUCAGGAGCAAACUGCAUGAGACUGGCAAACGGGAGAAGAAAACGCUAGUGCUCAGGGACAGAAAUCUGUGUGGAUUGAAUGAAGAAAAGCAGAAGCCCAGUGCCACAAGCGAUGCGGUGUGUUGCAGUGACCAAAAUGAUAAUCUGGAAAUGAAGCCCCAUUCAUAUUUGGAAGCUAUUUGCAGCGGACUGGAAGAUCCAGUAGCUGGAAGCUCCUGUGCUGAUGGAGAGCAGCUGUGUCCUUACGCUGCAGCAGGAGCAUGCCACUUCGGAGAUCGCUGCCUUUAUCUCCAUGGAGACGUGUGCGAGAUAUGUGGAUUGCAAGUACUUCACCCUUUUGACCAAGAACAGAGGAAGGCUCAUGAGAUGAUGUGCAUGGCAACAUUUGAGCAUGACAUGGAGAAGGCCUUUGCCUUCCAGGCAAGCCAGGACAAAGUGUGCAGUAUCUGCAUGGAAGUGGUGUACGAGAAACCAUCAGCCUCCGAGAGGAGGUUUGGGAUCCUUUCCAACUGCAAUCACACGUACUGCUUGUCUUGCAUCCGGCAGUGGAGAUGUGCCAAGCAGUUCGAGAAUCCAAUCAUAAAGUCUUGCCCGGAGUGCCGCGUGAUAUCCGAAUUUGUCAUUCCCAGUGCGUACUGGGUAGAAGACCAGGAGAAGAAAAAUGAGCUGAUUGAAGCAUUUAAGCAGGGAGUGGGGUAA